AUGAUUUCCAAUUCACGAAAUCUGACCUCCUUUAUACCACAUGCUCGUCAAAUAACCCAAGAGGAUGUUCAACUUGUUAGUGAUUUCAUGUUAAAAUCGAAGAAGUUAUUGAUUUUGACUGGAGCUGGCGUAUCAACAGCGUCUGGCAUACCGGAUUAUCGAUCGAAAGGUGUUGGAUUAUAUGCACGUAGCAACCAAAGACCAAUGCAAUAUUCGGACUUUCUGGAAAACGACGAGAAUCGGAAACGUUACUGGUCUCGUAACUUUACUGGAUGGUCUCGAUUUUCCUCUGUUAAGCCCAAUUUAACCCAUAAUUUUAUUGCUAAGCUCGAACAAUUGAAGUUAUUGCAUUGGGUUGUAACCCAGAAUGUGGAUGGAUUACAUCAACGUGCCGGCAGCAGCCGACUGACUGAGUUACAUGGGACUAUGCACGAAGUCAUUUGCUUACAGUGCCAAAAAAUUAUUCUUAGACGAGAAUUUCAAGACAUAUUAUCGAAGCUAAACCCGAAUUGGACAGUCAAAUCUAUUCAAACCGCUCCAGACGCUGACGUGUUCAUUGCGGAAAAUGAAGUUAUGAAGUUUAACUUGGCCAAAUGUGAAUGCGGCGGAGUAUUGAAACCUAAUGUAGUAUUUUUUGGCGGCUCUAUCUCUAAAGAUAUUAAUGAAGAAGUGAGACAACAUGUCGAUGAGGCUGAUUCGAUUCUCGUUGUUGGAUCGUCGCUGCAAACCUAUUCUGCAUAUAGAAUUAUAUCAAGGGCCAGCGACAUGCGAAAGCCAAUAGGUAUAGUUAGUAUCGGUGAAACACGAGCUGAUCAUUUAGCAUCAUUCAAAAUUAGUAUAAACUGUAAUCAAUUGUUUGAAAAUCUGCAAUUGUCAGCUUAUAGCUAA